UGGAAGGGUGAGAGCGGAGCUCGAAACCCGGCAGCCAGAGAGGAAGAUGAACAGUUCUAGGUCAGAGCCCCAGAUUGGACCCCGAGCCGCCCCCAAGACACCAGGAGCGGCCUCAGCAGCAGCCGCCAACGACCGUAGCCGUCCGUUCUGACCGUGGCUGGGGAGGAGGACGGCGUGAACCGAGGACCCACGCACGGUUCCACCUACGCGCGCUGCCACACACCUGGAAGGUAUCUGCCUGUGGACAAGACCUGCGGGCUCUGCAAAUCGGGGACUCAUCUUUGAAGGAAAAGGGAAAAAUAAACAAAAAACUCAACACCAGUCUUCACUAACCCAUCCGCUGCCCCUCCUGUUCUCCAACUUUUUGAAAACUGACCACUCUGAUCCCAGUUCCGGAAAAUUGGCAGCCACCGAGACCCAGCUCCGAAAAGUCUAACGCUUAGCAAGUUCCACAUUAAGGUGGACGAGGCUGAAGGCAGAUUGGGGGCAGAUCCAGGACAUCCGAGGUCUGAGCCUGGGCGCCUACGGUGCUGCUACAACUGCGUCCACUACAGACCCCGCAUCGCUCUGCAAGGCUACGCACUGCCGGCCACCAUCAUGUCCACGCCCGCGGUCAAUGCGUCCGCCUCUUCGAGUCCGGACCGACUGAACAGCCCAGUUACCAUCCCAGCGGUGAUGUUCAUAUUCGGGGUGGUGGGCAACCUGGUGGCCAUCGUGGUGCUGUGUAAGUCGCGCAAGGAGCAGAAGGAGACCACCUUCUACACGUUGGUAUGUGGGCUAGCUGUCACCGACCUACUGGGCACUUUGCUGGUGAGCCCGGUGACCAUCGCCACGUACAUGAAGGGCCAGUGGCCAGGGGAACAGGCGCUGUGCGAUUACAGCACCUUCAUCCUGCUCUUCUUCGGUCUGUCGGGCCUCAGCAUCAUCUGUGCCAUGAGUAUAGAGCGCUACCUGGCCAUCAACCACGCCUACUUCUACAGCCACUACGUGGACAAGCGACUGGCCGGUCUCACUCUCUUCGCUGUCUAUGCAUCCAACGUGCUGUUCUGUGCACUGCCCAACAUGGGCCUCGGCCGCUCUCAGCUGCAGUACCCGCAGACCUGGUGCUUCAUCGACUGGACCACCAACGUGACGGCGUACGCCGCUUUCUCCUACAUGUACGCGGGCUUCAGCUCCUUCCUCAUUCUCGCCACCGUGCUCUGCAACGUGCUCGUGUGCGGCGCGCUGCUCCGUAUGCACCGCCAAUUCAUGCGCCGUACCUCGUUGGGCACCGAGCAGCAUCACGCAGCUGGCGCCGCCGCUGUGUCCUCUGCUGCUUGUCGGGGCAACCCCUCUGCCUCCCCAGCUCUGCCGCGCCUCAGCGAUUUUCGCCGCAGGCGAAGCUUCCGGCGCAUGGCGGGCGCAGAGAUCCAGAUGGUCAUCUUACUCAUUGCCACCUCCCUGGUGGUGCUCAUCUGCUCCAUCCCGCUCGUGGUACGUGUAUUCAUCAACCAGUUAUAUCAGCCAAGUGUGGUGCGAGAAAUCAGCAAGAACCCAGAUUUGCAGGCCAUCCGAAUUGCUUCUGUGAACCCCAUUCUGGACCCCUGGAUAUACAUCCUUCUACGAAAGGCCGUGCUCAGUAAAGCAAUAGAGAAAAUCAAAUGCCUCUUCUGCCGCAUUGGUGGGUCGCGCAGAGACCGCUCCAGACAGCAGUGUUCUGAGAGUCGGAGGACCUCUUCCGCCAUGUCCAGCCAUUCUCGCUCCUUCAUCUCCAGGGAGCUGAAGGAGAUCAGCAGCACAUCUCAGACCCUCCUUUACCUGCCAGACCUAAGUGAAAGUGGCCUUGCGGGCAGGAAUUUACUUCCAGGUGUGCCUGGUAUGGGCCUGGCCCAAACAGACACCACCUCACUGAGAACUUUGCGAAUAUCAGAGACCUCAGACUCCUCACAGGGCCAGGACUCCGAGAGCGUCCUACUGGUGGAUGAGGUUGGAGGAAGGAACAGGGAUGGGCCGGCUCCUAAGGGUAACUCCCUGCAAGUCACAUUUCCCAGUGAAACACUGAACUUAUCUGAAAAAUGUAUAUAGUAGCUAGGGAAAGAUAACCGCACUGUUUCUGGAAACUUCUAAAAUCCUGUGCAAUAGACACAUUAAGUGUUGAGUUGUGCUCAGAAGGGCUGCCUUUGUCCUGCGACUCACAUUAAAAAAUAGUCAGGCUCUUGAGCACUUUUCAAACAAUCAAGCUGAUUCACGUGUCCAGAGGCCUGCAGCACAUUGGUCGCAGCCCUGCUAGGACACAGGACUGCAGUCACGACCUGAUGGUGAGGAGGAGCUGCCCUCAGUUUGCUACUGGAUGGGAGGAUGGCAGAAGUUAUGCUACUUUCAUAACAUCAAGAGCUUUCUGUCUGGUACACAGCAGAGGCCCAGAUACCAGAAGGGCUCUAUUCUAAUAAACUAUGAGGACUACUACCUUAUGGCUGAUUGAAAUGUCUCACUAAAGCAUGAAAUGUGAAUUUUUAUUGUUGUAAAUAUGAUUUAAGGUAUUUAAAGUAUUUUCUUCUCUAUGAGAAGGUUUAUUGUUAAUACAUGGUAUAAUAAAGUUAUGGUAACCCCUCUCCUCCCAGUAUAACCAGCAGAAGUAGGAGAUGUUAGAUUUUUUUUUUUUUUUUAAUGAACAAGUUCAGGCCGAAGUGUCAAAAAUUCAGUGAAACUAAUUAUAAAAAUAGAUACAAAAUUUUUGAAGAAAGAGUUUAGUAUUGACAAAGGAAUAAAGAAAAAAUCUCAUUUAAGAUGUGAAAAUUACAGUCCAAAAUAAUAUUACUUUUUCCAAACUAUGUAUAAUAUUGGAAAGUAUUUUAGCGACAUUACAUUUAUUUAUCCAGAAAGCUGUGAUUUCAAGAGAACCUAACAUGCUGGUAAAUAUUUUCAACUUUUGUUCCCACUAAUUGAUAUUUUUUAUAAUAUAAAAUUGUGUUUACCCAUAAUUGAAAUGUAUGAUAUAAAAACUCUAAGCAGUUUGUUUUCCCCCUAAAAGUGUGCAUAGUUUUGCUUGCCUAAGAAAUGACCUAGAGUAUUCUUUAAAAUAUAAGAAGAAAGGUUGCACCCUAAAGACUGUGUUUUGAGAUGUAGUUAAAUUCACCUUUUACAUGUGUCAAAAGUGUCACAAGGUGGUAUAACUUGGGCAUGUAAGGGUUGCCUUCUAAUAGUUUGGUGUGGUACCCAGUGAUGCUGUACAUGUAUUUGAAGGAACUUCCUCAAAGAAAUAUUAAGCAUGUUUUGUUGCUUAAAGUGUUUUUGUGAAUUGCUUGGUUGUGAUUAAAUUCUGAGCCUGAUAUUGAUAUGGUUUUAAGAAGUAGUUGUACCAACUGAAAUUAUUUUGAGGAUUGUAAUAAAUUAAUGCAUUCCAGCUGAGUUCCAUAUCCUCAGUUUUGGAAAACUUG